AGGUGGCUUAUAAGCCACUCUGUUCGUCUGCAGCGACUCAGUUGAGUGAGAAUCAUCAACAAAAUGUGCAAUCUUGAGGAUAUCAAUCUCACGCCAGACGACAUUAAGAUGAUCUGUCGUCGUCAUCUGGUCAGGGAGACGUGCAACUAUCGCAAGUUUCACAUCAACACGUGCGAAGUGGAGGCGCUCGGCGACGGUCCGGCGGGUUUCCUGGCACACCACUACAUCCUGACAGUGGAUAUCAGUGAGAAGAUCGUGGGCUACAGUGACGAGAAGAGAUCCAUCAACGGUAAGACGCUGUCGUUCUUCGUGAAAGUCUUCCCGGACGAUGUGCAGGAGCAGGCGGAGUACGCAGAUGAGAUGAAGGUGUUCCAGAAGGAGAUUGAUCUCUACUCGUAUCUCCUGCCCAGACUGCAGGACAUUGGAAUUGGGGGGAAGGAGUGGGCGGCACAGUCCUACCUCACCAAAGAUGACAAGAUUCUGGUGAAUGAGAAUCUCAAAGCUGACGGAUUCGAGAUGGCUCUCAACACCACCGGAGCUUGUCGUCUCGAUUUCGAUCACUUGUCCAUCGCCCUUGACAUCCUGGGCAAAUUCCAUGCGUGCGGAUUGGUGCUGGAGGAUCGAUGUCAGACGCCGCCGACGCAAAUGUAUCCGGAUUGCUUCGAGGAGAACGCCUAUCCGGACGAGGAGGAUCACAUUCGCAUGGUGGGACUGAAGAAUGCCAUCAUGACGCACUUGGAGCUGAUCAAGAGAAUCCCCAAGUAUCAGGACAAUCAACUGCUGACCACAAUUCUCGAGGAGUAUCCCAAGAUAGUCAUGAAGAUUGUGGACUACGUCAAGACGUCGGAUCAGUUCAGGAAUGUUGUGAGUCAUGGAGAUUUGUGGGCAAAUAACAUCAUGUUCAAGUACGAGGAAAUUGGUGAGGAGAAGAAGGUGCCGAAGCCCGUGGAUUGUCGUCUGGUGGACUUCCAGUUGGUGCGCUACGCUCCACCAGCUCUGGACGUUGUCACGCUGAUUUGCAACACAACCGACAGUGGCUUUAGAGAGGAGAAUCUCGAGAAGCUCCUUGAUGGAUACCACAAGAGUCUGUGCGGGGAAUUGGGGAGAUUUGGCAUUGUUCCCGAUGACAUAAUCUCCUGGGAAGACUUCCUGCAGAGCUAUGAAUACUACAAACUCGCUGGACUGAUUGAGAGUGUCCUGUUUGGCCACUUGACGGGACUUCCUGCGGAAAUUGCCAACGAACUCUUGGGCUCAUCGGAGAAAUUUGGUGAUUUCAUCAAGAGCAACACGCGCAUCAAGUUUUGCAUCAAAGCUUUUGAAACUGACGCCGGCUAUCGUUCACGAUUGACUGACUCAUUCUGUCAAAUCAUCGAUAAUUACAUCCUGUAAUAUUUGGUAAUUCAGAGGCAAUAAAUUUAGUUGAUUGUGGGAAAAUAUCCCACA